AGUCAGAGCCGCAGCACUACAUGGAGAGAACAGUCGAAGAAGAGUGUGUGGCGGCAGUUUGACUGUUAGCUAAUGCUAAUGCUAACAACACUGCGCUGACUCAGUCCGUGUCAUUUAAUUCAGUCCAGUAAAUAGAAAGGUCCCAUCGAUCGAGGAUCUUGUCCCCCCCACCUGGGACCCGGUCCCCGACAGGAGGAUGGAGUCCACAGAGAGCCGGUUCGCUCACCUGCUGCAGCCCAUCAGGGAACUCACCAAGAACUGGGACGUGGACGUGGCGUCGGAGCUGAACGACUACUUAGAGGAGUUGGAUGAAAUGUGCAUCACGUUCGAUGGAGGAAAGUUUCGCCUGAACUUUGCAGAAGCUGCGAUGCUCAUCCAGGGCUCCGCCUGCAUCUACAGCAAGAAGGUGGAGCUGCUGCACAGCCUCGUUUAUCAAACUCUGGAGUACAUCAACGACAGGAACAAGAAACGUCACAAACAGUCGGCCGAGUCUCAGGAGGACGACGCAGCAGCGAGUUGUCGUGACGAUGAUGAAGGCAAGAAUGUGUUCACGCCUCUGGAAAUCAAAGUCACAGAAACCACACUGAAAACCAGCAUCAAAAAGACGGUGAACAUGAUUCCUCUUCCUCCUGCAUCUCUGAUUCCUCCUGAAUCUCACGAGAAGAACAAACUUCCUCUGAUCAGUCUGAAAGGCGAGGUGCUGUGCAGUCAGAAGGAUUUCAGGGUGAACUUGUACAUCCCAGGAAGCAGGGACAUGAUCCUCCUCAGAUCCAGUUCUGAAGAUGAUUCACAUCCUGUCAAGUCUCUGCAUGUUCAUCAUGAAGCAGAUGAUCAGCAGCUGGAGGAGAAGGAGAAGGAGGAGGAAGGAGCUUUGGAUGCAGCUGGUGCUGGAGGUGCUGGAGGUGCUGGAGGUGAUGCUGCAGAGGACUUCUUCCCUUUAGACGACAACAUGGAGCUGGACCAGGAACCAGAGGAACACGUCGACAGACACCAGGCUCCGAGCGACGGGCGGAUGAUUCGAGAGCGACGGCAGGUCGAGGCCGACAAGCAGCGGAGGGAGGAGGCGCCCCCUGCUGUGAACAUCUGGAUGUUUCAUGACCCGUAUUCUGUUCUCGGUGAAGAGAAACCGUUAAAACCAGAAAAAUGUUACAAGGUUCCCGACGGCCUCGACGACGGAGGAAAGAGGAAAAGGAAACGAGCGUCUCCACUUCAGGACUUCAGGAGCUGGUUCAGAGGAACCUUUGAUCCUCCGGAGCACAAACUAAAGAACGGACCCAAGUUUACAGACCUGAACUACAUAUACGUGAACACAGUCAAAGACAAAGUGAAGACUCAGAGAAGAAUCUACAGACAAACUGGUGUGGUGGUUUCGGAUGAGGAGCUGCGGAGGACGUUCCUGCAGCUGGAGGAGGCGGGGCCAGAUCGGCAGGAGGAGGAGCCUGUGCACGGCUUCAGACACCCGGACCUUCUGGGUGGCGACGACGACAACUCAGACAACGAAUAUGAAGCGUUUCCCGACGACGUUCCCGCCGAGUUCGACGGAGGAGCGGACGUCAUCGCAGCAGACGCUCGGAGGGACGAGUUGAGUUAUGAAGACCUGGUGAAGCUUCGUGUGGAGCAGCUGGUGGUGAACUGUCGAGGUUACACUCAGGAGACGGCUCUGUCCCGACGAGUCAAACACUGGGAGGACAAGAUCCGACCUGAACUGGAUCUGCAGGAGGAUCGUCCGGUGUUUGACAUCCACGACUACGGAGGGCGGAUUGUCGGAGCGCUGAACACCGUCGGUCACCGCAGGUUGUUCUCGUCUGUCGUUCACGGUCUGGACAACUUUGAAGCUUGUAAAUAUCUGCUGGCUUCACUGCAGCUGGCGAACGACUACACGGUGGACAUCGACAGUGUUAAAGGUUUGGACUCGAGUUUGGACUCGAUGGGUUUGACUCUGCUCAGCACUCACAGAGCGACGGACAGAUUCAAGUCUGACGGCUUCGGUCUGAUAACAUCUGAGUGAGUUCACAUUCGUCAUCAUCACACCGACGUUUAAAUUCACAACAAACCGUCAGAGACACGAACACGGACUCAAACCUUCACCCUCGUUUCCUCUGAUUUUAAUCUGAACUCUGAAAAAUCUGUUAACGUGAUUCACAUGAAGAAAACGACAUGAAUCACGUCUGGCUCUGAAAUAAAAUGUGCAUAUUAAA